AUGGAGAAACAGUUUGUAGUAGAUAUGGAUGUCAGUGUAUGUUUUGAAGCUAAUGCACCAUGUGAUUUUACAACAACAGUUAUGAAGAAUGCUAGGUUACCUAAACCUAUAUGUGACCUGAGUAGUAAUUUGUCUUUUGAAGACAUAUCCUUGAAAGAAUUAUCUGAGAACCUCCUGUUGGAUGUGACACAACAGUUACCAUCCUACGCUGCUGACAUAUUACUGGAGAGACUUGGUAUAUCACAAUGGAUGCAGGAUGUACCAUGUAGUAGACAGUCAUCACAGUAUACACCUAAUGUCAAAGGAUGGAAAAUAGUAUGUCCUUCAAAUGUACCUAUUCAAGAUUUGACAGGAAGUUUAAGUUGUACAAUUCCCGAUUACUGUACUGGAAUAGACUGCUGUGUAGAAAUCCCACAGAUUGGUCGUACCUUCCAUGUCUACUUGUUAUUAGAUGCUUGUUUACACAGACUUAAAAUAGGAAUAGAAAACCUGGGAUUAGAUCAAGCCUACUUUAACUUUGAGUUUGAUAAAAUAAAUGAAGUAAAACUUAGCCAGCUUAUAAGUUUAAGGUAUUCAGUAAGUGAUCUUGAAGAAAAGAAGAAGUACAUUGUAAACAUGGAAAUAACUGUUUGUUUAGAACCGUCUGGAGCAUGUAUCUUUACAUGGAACAUUCUUAAAGAUGUUUAUUUACCUAAACUUGGAUGUGAUUGGAAUGAAGAUUUCUCUGAUUUUUCGCCAUCCAAAGUACUGCAUGACAAUGGACAAAAAGUAUUAGAUGAUGUAUCAGAUUUGAUCCUAUCUCAGGUCCUAGAGAAGAUGGGUGUGACUGACUAUCUGUUAGCACCACAGUGUGAUGUGGGGGAUUACACACCAAAUGUGAAUGGAUGGGUUAACAAUUGUCCAGCAGGUAUAAUCAACAUGACUUUACCAAAUCUUCCAACAAAGAUUACAUGUAAAAUUGAUGAGACCUGUACAAUAGUUGAUUGUUGCAUCAGUGUAGAUUUUCUGAAGAGGAACAUACAUUUAGAAGUAGUUGUUGAUAUCUGCUCAAGACAACUUUCAUUUUCAGUUGAAAAACUGACACAAGACAUGUUCAUCUUUGACUAUGCUUUUGAUAUUGGAGGGAAGCUGAGGCUUUUAGAUUUUGUUUCAGUAGAUUAUACCAUAGACAAUACAAAAGAUAUGAAUGAAUUCAGAGUAAACCUCAAUGUUACUAUACAACUAGAUGAUCAGACAAUCCUUUAUCAAUCUGUAAUAAUGAAAGAUACACCUCUUCUGAGAACACAUUGUGAUUGGAACACAGGAUUCAGUGUUAAAGAUUUUUCCUUGCAGUCUUACAUAAACCAGUUCUCUCUACCCAGCAAAGAUCAGCUGACUGAGUUAAUGGCUGAUAAAUUGAUUGAAGAGUUAGGAAUAGGGGGCUUACUUCAAGAUACUCCAUGUCAGAGGUCAAGCUCUGUUUAUAGUCCAUCUUUAAAUGGUUGGAAAAAUGAAUGUCCACUGAGUGUUAAUUUUCAAGACCUGACGAUUCAAGCCUCCUGUUUCAUGCCAUCUCACUGUACAGCUGUAGAUUGCUGUAUUGACGUGGAUUUUUUACAUCGUUCAUUUCACACCUACAUUGAUCUAAACACAUGUGACAACACAUUCAAACUGGGAAUAGAAAAACUCAAGCUGGAUCCCAUAAGUUUGACGGAUUAUCAGUUUGGAACUACUGAGCAAUUCAACCUGAAAGGGAUUAUAAGAAUUAGUUAUAAAAUAGAAGAUUUGAAUAUACAGAGAAAGAUCCGUGUUGACUUGAACAUGAGUAUUUGUUUUGAGUCAAAUGAACCUUGCCUUUAUGAGAUUGUCCUGUUCAAAGAUGCUCUGGUACCUAAAAUACUUUGUGAUUGGGAAGCUGAUUUCUCUAUUCCAGACUUUUCUCUGGAUAAGUAUGUGACUGAUGCUGGGGAACUAAUGAACAGCUUGACUGAACCAUUUAUACAGAAGUUGAUGGAAGAUUUGGGUAUAUCCAGUUACCAGAGUGAUAAAUCCUGUAACAUCACAUCAGACGACUACACACCUAAUUAUCAGGGGUGGAAAUCAGAGUGUGACCAGGCCUUGUCAUUGCCACCUCCACCUAAUACAGCUGUGUGUGUUCUAGAGGAUACGUGUACUGAAUGUGACCAGGCCUUGUCAUUGCCACCACUACCAAAUACGGCUGUGUGUGUACUAGAUGACACAUGUACUGGUGUGAAAUGUUGUAUGGAGGUUGGAUUUCUGAAGAAAUCAUUUUCAGCCUUUGUAGAGAUAGACACUUGUAAUCACUACCUUAAGUUUGGUAUUGAGAAGUUAACAGAACACAUUGAUCUUUUUGACUAUCAGUGGGUAGAGAUAGAUACCUGUAAUGGCUACCUUAAGUUUGGUAUUGAGAAGUUAACUGAAGACAUUGAUCUUUUUGACUAUCAGUGGGGCAUUCAAGAAAAGAAAUACCUAAUGAAUGUGAUAAGAUUAGAAUACAAGAUAGAAGACAUAUCAGUUGAUCAAGAGUAUGAGAUAGAUAUGAACAUGAGUGUUUGUUUUGAGUCACACAAAAGUUGUUUCUUUACCAUGACUGUGUUCCAUAGGUACAGAUUGCCUAAAGUGUUCUGUGAUUGGGGAACAGGAUUUAGUAUUCCAGAGUUUUCCCUAUUGAGGUUAUUGGAAGAACAGAAAGAAACUUUAUCUGAGCAGCUACCUUCAGCAGUUAGACAGAUUUUACUAGAGAAACUUGGACUGAGUGAUUUUCUUCUGGAUUUUCCGUGUAUUGUAACUUCUAAUCAAUUCAUCAACGGUUAG